UUCUCACCACUCUCUUAUCUCUUCACUUCAUUGACAAAAUUCGAGGAGAUGAGUUCCUCAAUAUUCACACCUUCACCUCAAACGGUCUUGAAAAAGAACCAAAGUCCUCUGCUGCAGCAGCAUAUCAAUGCCUCUCCCCUCCAAAACCGAGGUUCUUGCAAAGGGAGAAGAGUAAAGGCUUUGCUUUCCACAACCAAACAGAUAAUCUUGAAGGAAUUUCACCAAAGAAGAGCCCUCAAAAUUAUUUCAGGAUUGCAGAAUUUUGACAAGGAUAAUGUAGCCGCUGUUGUUACUGCUGCAGAUAAGGGUGGUGCAACUCAUGUGGAUAUUGCUUGUGACGUUGAAUUGGUGCGACUUGCAACGCACCUCACUUCCCUUCCGGUAUGUGUAUCUAGUGUAGAUCCAUCAGCAUUUCCAGCUGCAGUUGAAGCCGGAGCCUUAAUGGUUGAGAUUGGAAACUAUGACUCAUUUUACGAAAUGGGUGUGUUUUUCUCACCAGAAGAGAUUGUUAAUAUGACAAAAGAGACUAAGAGGCUCCUUCCAUCGACCGUCCUUUCAGUCACCGUGCCUCACACACUGAGCCUUCCUGACCAGGUGAAGCUAGCCGAGCAGUUGGAGGUUGAGGGAGCCGACAUCAUCCAAACCGAAGGUGGAAAAUCGUCUACUCCUUCCAAGGCUGGUGUCCUUGGCCUAAUUGAAAAGGCCUCGCCGACUCUUGCAGCUGCGUACUCCAUCUCUCGUGCAGUUCGAAUCCCCGUAAUGUCUGCUUCCGGACUAAGUUCAAUCACCGCUCCUCUAGCUAUCGCUGCUGGUGCUUCUGGCGUGGGUGUUGGAUCAGCUAUCAACAAGCUAAACGACGUCGUAGCCAUGAUUGCUGAGGUGAAAACUAUUGCGGAGUCUUUGAAUCUAUCAAGGAAACAAGCACAAGUGUUUGAUGAAACCAUAAAUAUGUUUUGAAGCUUUCUCAUUUCUGAUUAUUCAGUCUCAGUCUCAAUAAUCAAAUUAUUCUGUUUAAUACCAUUAUUAAGAUUUCGAAGUUGUUAUGUUUUUGCUACAA